AUGAAGCCCUGGCUGCAGCUGGUGCUCUUGACCUGUGUUUGCUUGUUGGGGCAAACCGAAGCCGAGUUUUUCACCUCGAUAGGUCAAAUGACAGACCUGAUUUAUGCAGAGAAAGACUUGGUGCGGUCCUUAAAGGAAUAUAUCCGAUCAGAAGAAUCCAAGCUCUCUCAGAUUAAAAGCUGGGCUGAAAAAAUGGAUGUACUGACUAGCAAAUCAACCUCUGAUCCAGAAGGAUAUCUGGCACAUCCUGUAAAUGCAUAUAAACUGGUGAAGCGUUUAAAUACUGAUUGGCUGGAAUUAGAAAACCUAGUUCUUCAGGACACAACAAAUGGCUUUAUUACAAAUCUCACAAUUCAGCGUCAGUUUUUUCCAACUGAGGAAGAUGAGACUGGAGCUGCCAAGGCUCUGAUGCGCCUACAAGACACGUACAAACUGGAUCCGGAGACACUCUCUCGAGGUAACUUACCAGGAACGAAAUAUAGAGCCUCUCUGACGGUGGGAGACUGCUUUGGCAUGGGCAGGACUGCUUACAACGAUGGAGACUACUAUCAUACAGUGCUCUGGAUGGAACAAGCCUUAAAACAGCAUGAUGAAGGGGAGGAUACGACAGUCACCAAAGUGGAGAUCCUAGAUUAUCUCAGCUAUGCAGUUUUCCAGUUUGGGGAUCUGCACAGAGCCACAGAGCUCACCAGGCGUCUCAUAUCUCUUGACAGUACUCAUGAGAGAGCAGGCAGUAAUCUCCGUUACUUUGAAAAAUUGCUGGAGAAGGAGAGAGAAGAGAAGUUGCUAAAUAAGACAACGACCACAACAGAACCUGCAGUGCAAGGAGGGGCCUACGAGAGGCCUCUCGACUACCUGCCAGAGCGUGACAUCUAUGAGGCCCUCUGCAGAGGCGAGGGGGUGAAAAUGACACCUCGAAGACAGAAAAGACUGUUUUGUAGGUACCAUGAUGGAAACAGAAACCCUCAUCUGGUAAUAGCCCCCUUUAAGGAAGAGGAUGAAUGGGACAACCCUCAUAUUGUACGAUACUAUGAUGUCAUGUCUGAUGAAGAAAUAGAGAAAAUCAAAGAACUAGCUAAACCAAGGCUGGCACGAGCCACAGUACGAGAUCCCAAAACUGGUGUCCUGACAGUGGCAAGCUACAGGGUGUCAAAAAGCUCCUGGUUGGAGGAAGAUGAUGACCCUGUUGUUGCCAAGGUGAACAAUCGAAUGCAGCAGAUCACCGGCUUAACAGUGAAAACAGCUGAACUAUUACAGGUUGCUAAUUAUGGAAUGGGAGGGCAGUAUGAGCCACACUUCGAUUUUUCUAGGAAAGAUGAACCAGAUGCUUUCAAGCGGUUAGGGACUGGAAAUCGCGUGGCCACUUUUUUAAACUAUAUGAGCGAUGUAGAAGCUGGAGGUGCAACAGUUUUCCCAGACUUUGGGGCAGCAAUAUGGCCAAAGAAGGGUACAGCAGUGUUUUGGUAUAAUCUUUUCAGAAGUGGUGAGGGUGACUAUAGAACAAGGCAUGCAGCUUGUCCAGUUCUGGUAGGGUGUAAAUGGGUUUCAAACAAAUGGUUUCAUGAAAGAGGAAAUGAAUUUCUAAGACCUUGUGGGAGAACAGAGGUUGAUUGAAAUCAACCUUCUACAGGCCUUCAUUUUUUUCUUCCAUCGCCUUUUCUACUGUUUGUUCUUCCAGUUCAUUUCUAAGAAAUGAUCCAUCUUUUGUUCUCCAAAAGUCCUAGCACUUUAUCCAAAAAGGACAACAAAAUAGGUAACACCUAUGAGUGAAAACAAAUGGCAUUGUACACAUCCUCGUGUUUUGGUUGCUGUUAACUCUUUGCCCCUGUUCAUCCCC